AAUCCCGCACACGUUGUGCCUUGCUGCUACGGCACGCAGCGUGUGUAACGGAGAUCACCUCAUCUGCGCUGCUGCAGCGCUGUCCGAUCCUCGUAGUUGCCACUCGUUUUCCCCAGUUGAGCUAUGGCAUGGAAAGAUCCUCAUGUAUCGCUUAAAAACUUGGAUGCUAAAAAUUUUGGAACUCCUCCCUGCGCUCCAAACGACCACUUACUAUACAGCAACCGGUCCCAGAUUAACUCUACUUUGAAAGCUUGUGAAGAUGCAUUGCAUGAUGCAGAAACAGCAUGCAGGCUCCAGCCGUACUGGUUAAAAGGUCACCUAAGGAAAGGACAAGCAUUAGCUAAUCUGGGGAAAACAGAAGAAGCUUUAAGAGAGUUUCUGUUCUGCCUUGCUCUAGAUACUGGGAACAAGACGGCCAAGUCUGAGGCACAAAAGGUAAAUGUGGAACAGAAAAAGGGUUUUCCCAUUCAAGAGGAACCAAAUGUAACUACUUCUGGUAGUUUGAGGAAAUCUAUACAAAUUACAGAGAGCAAAAAGGACUGCUCGGAGGAGGAGAACAAACUCACCUCCAUGCCAGAGUCUGCCUUUCUCAUUUCUGAGAAGUGCAGCCUCAUGAAAAGGAAGUGCUGCUCAGAGGAGACACGAAAUGCUGAGGUACCCUGCAAACUGAUGAAGAAAGAUACAGUUGAUACUAAGGGAAAUAGUACUGGACAACAUAUUCCAUUUGAAUUUGUGGAUCCAUCAGAUUUGGACUGCUCCCUGUGUAUGAGGCUCUUCUAUGAACCUGUCACUACACCUUGUGGACACACCUUCUGUCUCAAGUGUCUUGAGAGAUGCCUGGAUCACAACCCAAAAUGUCCCCUGUGCAAGGAAGGGCUCUCGGAGUGCUUGGCGAUGAGGAAAUACUGUAAAACAGUACUAAUGGAGGAAUUAAUAGCUAGAUAUCUUCCAGAGGAACUCACUGAAAGAAGAAAAAUUUAUGAAGAGGAAAUAGCAGAGCUUUCCAACCUAAAUAAGAAUGUUCCUAUAUUUGUCUGCACAAUGGCUUAUCCUACAGUCCCCUGCCCUUUGCACAUCUUUGAGCCGUGUUAUCGCCUGAUGAUUCGAAGGUGCAUGGAGACUGGCACCAAACAAUUUGGGAUGUGCAUCAGUGACCCUGUGAAGGGGUUUGCAGAUUAUGGCUGCAUUCUGGAGAUAAGAAAUGUUGAAUUCUUUGCUGAUGGUCGCUCUGUUGUAGACAGCAUCGGCAAGAGGAGAUUUAAGGUGAUACAGCACAGCCAGCGUGAUGGCUAUAAUACAGCGGAUAUUGAGUACAUCGAGGAUCAACAGGUACAAGGACAAGAGUAUGCUGCAUUACUUGUUCUCCAUGAUUCUGUCUAUGAUCAGGCAUAUAUGUGGUUUAACUCCCUCAAGCAAGCACUCAAAAGUCGAAUUCUCAGUCAUUUUGGUCCAAUGCCAGCUAAGGAUCCUGACCCACAGGCUAACCCUAACGGGCCAGCCUGGUGCUGGUGGGUCCUAGCCGUCCUUCCACUGGAGAACAGAGCUCAGCUCCCUUUCCUUGCCAUGAAAUCCCUCAAAGACCGCUUGAAUGGCAUCAGACGUGUCCUUACAUUCAUGUCUCGUACAAGAUCACGGUGAUGGUGAGGAGAGCUGUGAAGUCUCCCCCAGUACUUGACUGUAGACUGUCUCUUGUAACUUCAUCUAACUGCAAUAAUGUCUUACAGAUUUGAGUGUCAGGAUGUUUCAAGCCUGAAUUUCAAAGAAAAUGAGUUAUAAAGAGCAAGGGAUGUUUAUGGAUACUUCAAUAGUUUCCAUUUGGAACUCUGAGAUGAUUAUUCAAUCACUGCACUGCUAAAUUAAUAACAAAUGUGAUAGAACAAAAAGUGAUCUUGUUUGCCGUAAACCUUUUAAAAAGCUUAAGAGGUUUUUUAAUUUAUUUUAUUUUUAUUUUUUUAGUGGAUAAAGGAUAAACUGUGCAGUUUAAUGUGAAGCAGAAAUAAUAAUGUUAAUGCAUUAUUUCAGUGAACUGCAGUCUUUUAUUCCAAAUGGUUCAGGUUUUAUAUAGCAUUGUGUAAAAUAAUGUUCACAACUUCCGUUUGAUAAUUUAUUUUUGCACUAUGAUUUUUUGUUUCAAAAUGUAUAUUAUUUAUGUGUUCAUUCUCUAAAGGAAAAUGAGCUGCUCUCUUUAUUUAUAGUGGUUUUACCCUGUAUUUAUGACUGGGGGCAAAAUGAUGAUUCUAGCAGUGCACAAGCAGCUGCUUUGAUAAUUUUUCAGACAUUUGUGUUCAAAUACUUUGAAUGUUUUUCUACUUAUCCCCAGUUCUACUGUAGCCUAAGAAGGAUUUUUCCCCCUGAAACAGCCUGCCGUGAAGUCUUUGAAUACACAGAUUAUGUCUGAGAUAAUUCAAGCACAGUUGUUGGAGCUUAUCCUAUGCUUGCAACUAGGUUCCCGAUACCACGGAACAGUCAAGCAGAUGUUUAACCUUAAGCAUAAGUGUUACAGUGCUCGGGUAAAUUCAAGUAUUGAUCAGUUGAUGUCAGUGGGAAUUGGCCAUAGUGGUGACAGAAGGUUCUAUCCCCUAAUUUUUCACAGAACAGAGAAUAACUUGGAGUUGAAUUUAUAUCUGAACUCUUUCUUGCAAGAAUGGAUAAUGGCUACAAAGAACUGCGAAGAAAGAGCCACAAUAUAUGAAAAGUGGCUUCUCCUAAAGAAAACUGGAAGUGCUGGUCUCAUUUCAUUGUAGGUUACCGCAUAGACUUUUUUUUUUUACAUCAAUUCUUGUUGCUGUUAAGAUCGGUUUUCUUUCUUUGAAUUGUUUGGUGGGAUUUGGCUUUGGAGUGUGUGUAUGUGGGGGGAAGAGGGAGUUAUUUUGAACUGUAGGACUCAGAGGGCAGUUUGUGUCAGAUGAGAAGGAAUAUGUUGUAAUAAAUGCUAUUUAUUUCACCCCGAUCUUCAGGUUUCUGUUAGCUUCAAAUCUCUACCCAGCCGUUGCAUUUCUCUUAAGAGACUGGGUAGCUAAUAAUAGUUAACUCCCAAGGAAAACAAGUGAAUUUUAGUGUGAUUACUUCUAGCUAUAAAGCAGGUAAAAAUAGGGCAGAAAUGAGAAUAGGAAGUAUCUUGGGUUUGAUUUUAUUUUUUUUUAAUCAACCGCUCAUAGACUUGUUUUGCUGCUGUUACUGCUUCUAGUGUACCACUUUAUGGGACUGAUCUUGCCUCCAUCUGACUUUGACUUUCACUGAUUUCAAUGUGAGCAGAACUGGGCCUUUUAUUCUAAGCUACUGUUUUCCUUUUCAGUGGCAAAAACCAGGUUGAACUGAGAAUGUUCCAGAAGGCUACAAAUUUAUUUGUUAUUUUUACCCAGGGUAGCACUCUGCCAUUCCAUGCCUUUAUGGAAAAAUGCAGUAGAAUUUAAUGUCAAUUUUCCUUGUGGUUUUUUCCAUCAUCACCUCAUCAGAAAUACUUAUUAGUUAAAAGUAACUUCCAUUCUGUUAAGUUUCCGUAAAACUACCUUUGUUCCCCCUCUUGCUAAAUUCUCCAUAAGGGUACCAAAGAAACGAAUGGAAGACAAACACGUUUCAGCCUUGUGAUGCAAAUGGAGUAUGUAUCCUGUGUUUGCAUUGAGCUACUUGAGAAAUGCUACAACUUCUUUCCAUACUGCUAGAUUGCUGCACUUCUUCCAUAGGUGGUACUUUACAUGCUUCUCUGUAAACAAUGUAUAGAAAUACAUACAUGUUCUGAACAAUAACAAGUGUAUGGUGGCUGACACCUGCUAUGGCAUUUGUCUUCAUUAGUCAGUAACGAAGUGAUUUCUACUUGUUUGGAAGUGAAGCUGCAUUAAAUGCAAUUCUUCCUUAUGCCAUUAUGUAUUAUUCCAUAACAUAAGGGGCCUAUAUUGCUCCCAUAGAAAAAAGCUGUCACUUUGUUACUCUUAUCUGUGAGAAAAGGACCCUAAAUAUCUAUUUUAAACUGUUUUCUUACUGACGUCAUUGUUCCUUUUUCCUGCCUGCUACGUCUUCUCCAUACUCAUAUUCUGCCUCUUCUGUUGAUUUAGAAAUUGGCAUGGAAAGAAUCCUUGAUUUUAAAAGUGAAUAUUGUCUUUUCUAUUAGCCUUGAGUAAAGCUGCCAGAAUUUCCUAAGCAGAAACUCGUGUACAUGCCCUAUAUCAUGAACACCCAGUGCAUUUGUUGCAACCUGGAAACACUGGACCCCACUGCACGUAAUGCAUACAGUUGAUCUGCGUAUGCACAACAAAUUGAACACAGCAAGAAAGUGCAUCUGUACAUGUACAGUAGCGUUCUGUCUGGGACUGCUCCGUGGCCACACAUCCUAGAUCAAUGGUUAAAGUCUAAAUUCCAUCAGAAGAAAAAAUAAUAUUGAGGAAUUUGCUAGAGAACACAAACCUGUCCAGGAAAAGCUGGACAAGGAGUAGCCUUCACCUGAGUUGAGAUGGUAAAGUUGCAGUAAUGAGGUUUAAAAAAACAAAAAAAUCUUCUAGUUACACCACAGCAUCGCUGAUUAUUUUUUUCAGUUGUAUUAAUCAGUACAAGGAUGUAAAUGCAACAUUGAUUGCAGGCAUGAAUAAACAGCUGAACAGAUUUAAAAACACCUUCAUGUUAAUUACAGAAACAGCAUUGAUCAGACAAAAUACUAAUUGGGGAGUAUUUUAUUGAAGCUUGUCACAUUUUUCUAGCCACCUAACCCAGUCCCAUAAGCGGUCUUGCCCAUCUGUUAAAAAAAAAAAAAAAAUGACAACUCAAACUUUAUUUCCUGCGUGGCUAGACAUAGUGAUCAAUCUUUGCUGUGAGGGCCUAGGUCAUUUAAUGCAUGGGCUUCUUGCUCACUCUUCAGAGAAGUCGGUUUCCAUUGAUCCUAGAUUGCUCAGAUAGGAUUACUAAAACCAGUAGAAAUUUUCUUUACUUCCAAGGAAAUGUGAUCAGUCCCCCUUUAAAAAAAAAAAAAAAAAAAAAAAAGAAAAAAAGGGGGGGGGGAAUACAAAAAGCAAGUCUUCUGUAAUGGGGGCGGAGAGGAAACCAAGAAUAGAUCAAACUGUAACUAAGUGCCAGUCUCCUGGGCGUGCUCACCUAAACAUCCCCAUGACACUUCUUGAAAGUUUUAGAUUGCCAUUUCUGUAAAUGAAGUAUUUCACAAAAUACAUUAAGAUAAAUAACAAAGGCUGGCUGUAUCACCUUUCCAAAUCUCCAUUACAUACACGUUAUAUGGUAUUUAAUUAAAAACAGAGAAGUUUUCUGUAGGAAGUAAUACUGAUUUUUCAUUCCCAUAUAUAGACAUGACACUCAAAGUAACUUCUCUUUGUCUUAUAUGCUCCUUUGUCUAGCAAUAACUGAAGGGGAUAUAUUGCCAUGAAAAGAGUUGUCAUCUUGGCUAGCAUGGCUUGGUUGAAAGUAAACCUGAGACAGGACUGGAUUAAUCAGGACAAAUCAUGAAACCUGACAGUGAACUUGGAUACAGUUGUGGAAAGUAGUUCAGUAGUUUUAAUGAUGAAAUGAUGAAGUGGUGUGAUAGGCCAUUAGCAUGCCAAGUCUUAAGUGACAUUCUGGUGUUAGUUGUAAAAGUUCCUCUUACUUUUUUUUUUUUUAUUAUUAUUAUUUUAAGUAAGUGCUGAGAUCUUCCAUUACCUUGUAGCAAUAAGUGACACCAGCUUGUCAUACUGAACAGCUGACCUAUUGCUUGGCCUAUCCUCUGUCCUGUAUGACUGCUCACUAACAGAACACCUGAACCAUGGAUUUCUUAAUCCAAAGAUUA